GAGAGUUGGAGCGCAAAGUGUUUUGUGAUAAAGUUAAAGUUAGUUAGUUUUUCCGUAUAAUGAUAAGCCAAUAAUAAGCAAUACUACCUUCGUGGCAGAUCAUCAUGUUCAGGCCAAUCAACGGAUUGUGAUUUCAUCAAAUGUUCAAUCGCUGGAAGCAAUUCUUUCCUUCCCAUAGCCUAAUUUGCCCUUUCGAUGGCCUCUUGCGUUAAACAGACCAAGAACCGCGGUUCGUUAGGAAAAGACGUCACCAUAUUCGCCUUUGCCGAUAGUCCAAGAUGCACCAACAGGGCGUCGAAGGCUCACAAGAAAGUAGAUACUUCGGAGAUGUCGCUGGAACCUCACUGUGACGACGCUGACCAGGAUCAUCUAUCCAAAUCAGCUCGAAAAAGAAAGACGGCGUCAUCGGAUGAUGCAGCGUACAACGAUUACCAUAUCAACUUAUGGUUCCAUAUUUCAGAAUACAUUCGACCGGAAGAUGUGGGUCGGUUUGCGUGCAUUUGUCGCAAAACGGCCGAAGUGGUGGAAAGUGGAAGAUUCUGGAGUCAGCUUUAUCGAUCGUAUUAUGAUCCAAAGGUUGAUCUACCAGCACGGUUCCAGCCGGAGAGUAUGAUCCGCCGGCGUGGUCUUCGGGCAGCCGUUAUUCGGUCACUGUUUUACCUCUAUCCACCGUUUAGUGAGCAGCUAAAAGUUGCGUCGCUAGUGGAUCCUCAUCGCGUUGUCGGUCGUCAGAUGCUUUCGGCGUGGCACAAGCGAACGAAAAACUGCUGGACCUACUAUUUUAGGCUGAAGGCAAGACAGCAGCCCGGAAGUCGCCCGGCACUGUCUGCUGAACUGCAACGUCAAAGAAAUUCGCUCGCUUUCAUGCAGGAUAUCUACAUGAAUCCGGACGAAGGCUGCCAGAUACUGAUGCUGACCACCGACUGUUUGAAGAUGAUUCCGAUGUACAGUGAGACGCUGUUUGUGAAGAACUUGACGCAAACCCUGUCGCAGAGCAUGAUGCGGUACAAAAUACGUGUUGUGCUGGCCAAUUACUGUGGCAAAAUGACCGAUGAGCUAGUGUUCGAUACGGUACGAAACGUGACAGUGCUGGAUUGGUGGAACCCAAAGUACGACGAAGAGCUUGCUUGGACCGUCCCAACAAAUGCCAGUGAAUUAGAUGUGAGCGAAGAACUUGACUGGAAUGUUUUGUGAAUCAUUCUGUCGGGGUUUAAACCCCAUCGGCCCCUUACCCUUAAAACUGUAUGGUUUGUGGUACUG